CACAAUAAACUUCACCAUUCCAGCUCCUCUAUUUAUAUGACACUUAUUAUCAAUAACUUGUUCAAGACGCAUAACAGUCUCCUUGUUCCUCCCUUUUGCAGCAGAAUUAUGUCUCAAUCUGAUCCACAAAGUGCUUUCAACAGGCCAAGAAUGGUGGCCAAGAAAGUUCUUGCCAAACCACAACAUGAGGGUGAUGGUGCUGUUGUUAGAAGAAGCAUUGGAAGGAGUGAAUUGAAGCUUUUGGAUCCUUUCUUAAUGUUGGAUGAGUUUUCAGCAUCCCCUCCUGCUGGAUUUCCAGAUCAUCCACACAGAGGUUUUGAGACUGUUACAUAUAUGUUACAGGGAAGGAUCGCUCAUCAAGAUUUCGCAGGCCACAAGGGAACAAUUGAGACUGGUGAUGUUCAGUGGAUGACAGCAGGAAGAGGCAUAAUCCAUUCUGAAAUGGCUGCUGGUGAAGGUGUCCAAUGGGGUUUACAACUUUGGAUCAAUCUCUCUGCUAAAGAUAAAAUGAUUGAGCCAAGGUACCAAGAACUUCGAAGCGACGACAUCAAACAAGCAGAGAAAGACGGUGUAGAAGUUCGCGUUAUAGCAGGAGAAUCGAUGGGAGUUCAAUCUCCGGUUUACACCAGAACUCCAACAAUGUACCUUGAUUUUACUCUGAAACCAAGAGCUCAAGUACAUCAAAGUAUUCCAGAAUCAUGGAACGCAUUUGCUUAUGUAAUAGAAGGCGAAGGCGUGUUCGGAUCAAUCAAUUCAUCGCCAGUAUCGGUUCAUAAUGUGUUAGUGUUAAGUCCUGGAGAUGGGGUAACUGUUUGGAACAAAUCUUCAAAACCAAUGAGGUUUGUUUUGAUAGCAGGGCAGCCAUUGAAUGAGCCAGUGGUGCAAUAUGGACCAUUUGUGAUGAAUUCACAAGCUGAAAUUGAUCAAACCAUUGAGGAUUAUCACUAUUGCAAAAAUGGAUUUGAAAUGGCCAAGUAUUGGAGGUCUCAAUGAGUGGGAAAAGAAUGAAUAAAAGUAUUAUUAUUAUUAUUUAAUUUAAGUGUAAUAUUUGUUGUAUUUUGUAUCUUUAUCAUCGCUAUCUCCAUCCAAUAAGAAGAGAGAGUAACAUCAAUUAGAAGAUGAAAAGAAAGUUUUUCUAGAAGAAAGAAGUGUGCAGGUGGGUGAUGGAUCAGCUUAUCUCAGUUAUAUUUUUCUACAAGACUUUAAAAAUGGAUUUGUGGUAGUUCAUGGUUUGAAUUGAAUUGACUUUGUUUUAUUUAAAUUUAUAUUAUGCUUGA